AUGCCUGGCGGUGUGACAAAAACACAUCCUUCUGGAAGAGGGGAAUUGCUUCUAUGGAUUAAUAGCGUUUGUUCUGCAGAAUAUCCUAGUGUUGAGUCAUUACGUGAUGGUGUGGCAUAUUGUACUGUAGUUGAUGCUGCUGUUAAUCGAGUGGCCGAAAAUUGUAAGGUUCUUGGCUUGCAAAGUGCACAUUCUGCUCAAUCGCGAGCCAGACGAUCUUCACAGUUACUUGGACGUCUUGAUUGGGAUGUGACAUUAACCACUUGUACAAAUCAGGAUCCUUCUUUAGACAGUUUACAGGAGCGUGGUCAGUGUGAGAAGAAUAUUCAAAUAUUACAACUUAUGCUUCGUAGUUGUGUGCCACCAGAAUUAUCGUUGGAGAUAGAUAUUUCACGUCUAGCGUCAGGGAAAUUACAAGAGCAUAUUAUGCUAUUAAAAUGGACGUAUCAAUUCAUGACGAAAAUGUUGAACACAUACUCAAGAUCGGCACUAGAACGCCGUGUAAGUAAUAAUGGAGGUACCGGAUGUGUAGAAGGGGUAAGAAUGACAAGAACCAUGAAACUCCAGCAAAAGAUGGUCCGUGAGAAGUACAGUGAGUUGAGCCCUCUUGAAUUGGCAUCUGAAAAAUUAAAAAAUAAUGAAAUUGGAAAAGACACAGGGGAAAACUAUAAAGUAAUUACAGGAAAGGAAAAAGGUGACGUUAAUGAGCCUGUAGGGUCUGAUCCUUUUCUAAACGUUAAAUAUUCAGUGGCUUCUUCUAUCGAAAAUAGAGAGGAUAUAGUACCAGAAUCUCAGUCAUUACAUUCGAGAAAAAUGAAAAGAUAUUGUAAUGAUCCAUCUAAACAAGUUCUUCUUCCUGAUGCAAAAUCUAAUGAUAUUUGCUCUUCUUCAAUAGAUUACAUGCAGUUCUCGUCGCUUGCUGUACCUAAUCAAUACUAUUCUAUUUUGAAUGAUUUAAGAAGAGACAUCGAGUCUUAUGAGGAAUUUGUUCUUGCUGCUCAUAGACGGCAUCAACAAUGUUUAACGUCUUCUCAAACUGAAGAAGAGGAUUAUGCUAGCGAUUAUGGUUUUCUUGUUGAGGAAUUAUUACCCAAGAAGGCACCCAUAAUAUCCCUAGAACAACUUGGUGUGCUAUUAGAGGAAAGAGAUAAACUGUGGCAGACUCUGGAAGUACUCCAUGACGCUAUCGCACAGUGUGCGUUUGUUGAAAGCAAAGAAAAUAGAACCACUAUUACCAGUUCACCUUUAAUGAUGAAAAUUCUUUCUGUACUAUCCAUAUCAUAA